GUGCACCCAGAAACAGAAGCAGUAGGAGGAAGCCGAUUAGAUAGAGAAAGAGAGAGAGAGAGAGAGUUAGCGAGUUAGGGUUUCGAAUUUAAUUCACUGAGUCUUUGCAUUGUGUCGCCGGCUUUUUUCUUUCGCCGGAGAAAUUCUUGCUCCGAUCUCCCCUGCUUUUGUUUCCAAUAGCAUAGCCGUUUGAAAGGAUCGGUAUUUCCGGCGAGGAGUUUGGGAUGUUCCGGUGAUUCUUUGAUGAUUUGAGUGUGGGCAAAUUCCCGAUUUUGACCCAAAGCAAAGGUCUUUACUCAAAAAAAUUUACUGGGUUUGAUUCGAGUCGUCUUCUUUGUCGAUUUCGCGUUGAUUAGACUGAGCAUGACUGUGUCAUUGUGAUUGAGAUUUGCGGUUUACAUUUUUUGAGGAAUUAAAAAAAGAAGUUAAAAUUUAUUGUUUUGGAAUUCGGAUAAUGAACUUUGUUUUUGAGUGUUAUAUGCCUGAGAGAAUUGUUCCCGACAUUCAAUUUUGGGAAGUGGGUCAGUAAAUCUAGGCUAAGUUCUUCAACGUGCUGAAUUGGGUUUGAUAUUUGAGGAAACCUUGACAAAUUUACUGCAUCUAUUUCGUUCAUGCUUUUGCUUUUGCUUUUUUUAAAAGGUUUGUACUUUUGUCAAUAAUAAUUUAUGCUGAUGGUUUUGUUGGAUUGAAUUCAUUUUUAUGCCAAAGUUGUUCAAUUGAUUUCCUUUUGUUAGUGAAUUGAUCAUUUCCUAAUAUAGUGGUUACUGCAACAGGCAGGAACCACUGGCUAUUUCGUGUCUCAAUUUUUUUGGCCUCCAAGUCUGUGGCUUUUCCCUCAUUCUUUCACUAAUCUUUGCCCUCCAAAAGAGCUUCACUCAUUGUAACCCUUUAGCCUUGAAUCGCUAUUGGAAUUGGCAAGUAUGGCUGUCUCUUUGACACGUUUCUCAUGGUGGUUAUGGGGUGGCAAGGAGAAAGAGCCAGUUUCUAGUGGCUCUCCUCUGAAUUCAUCUUCUGAAUGGGGUUUUUCCUUGAAGGAACGAGAGACUAUGAAGUUCCCUUUGGUGAAGGGAACAAAGAUUGCUCCAUCUCACAGGAAGGUUAAACGGAAAUUGCAGAGCAGGGAAGAAAGGAGAAUUGAUAGAGAGUAUGAUGUUGUAUUGGUGCCAUCCGAUGGUGGUGGUUGUUUGUCAGGCUCUGAAUCUGAUGACUCAGACUGGUCCAUUGGGUGGUUGGAGCCUCAUGGCUCUGAUUUUCAGAGUGAUGAUGAGUCGGAUAAUAGUUUUGCUGUACUGGUUCCUUGCUAUAGACCUGGAUGCAAGGAGGUGGAGGGUUCAAAUAACGAGCUUUUGAGUGCCAUCAAGAACCUCCCAAAUGAAUUUUCUUCUGCUGGCAACAAUUACAUGGAACAAUGGCUUGCUUCUAUUCAGAAUUUUGAAGCGUAGAAAACUACUUCAUCUUCUAUGACUACGGACCUCUCUGACAACCUUCUAGUAGUAGAGGAGGCAAAAUAAUCCAUGAAUAUCCUUUAUUCAUCCAUUGUACUUUUUGUAUAUAGAAUCCUCCUCUCCUCUUAUUGUAAAAGCUUAAAUUGAAAUGGAAAUUUUCGAUCUAGAAAAAUACUAUAUAACCAAUCACUACUAUAAUGAAAAGAAUUCCACUUAUCAAAAAAUAAAAAAAUGAAGAAUUUCGCAUGGACAUGAUAUGGAGUUAUAGACUUAUAGUGGAGGAUUGCAUUUGUCAUAUUUUGAAAGAUUAGAUAUUUUUGUACUCUAAUAAUUGCUCAUGACAACUGAAUACAAU